AUGAUUAAUGAACGUUUUAAUCAACAAGCUAUACGAGAACAUAAUCGACUUCGUUCUUUACAUGGAUGUGGAGAACUUCAAUUAGAUGAAGAAUUAAUGAUUUCAGCACAAAAAUGGGCUGAAAAUUUAGCUGAUGCUGAAAAAUUAUAUCAUAGUAAUUAUAAUGAUUAUGGAGAGAAUUUGGCUUUUAAAAUGUCUACGGCACCAUGUCAAAUAACAGGUGAAGAGGUUUCACAGACAUGGUAUAGUGAGAUUGACUAUCAUGACUUUAAUCAAUGUUAUCAUCCAAAUUCACGUCAUUUUACUCAAAUGAUUUGGAAAUCCACAACACAUGCUGGAUUUGGAUUAGCCUUUAGUCAAGAUCAAACAAAAGCAUAUGUUGUUGGACGUUAUUUACCUGUUGGUAAUAGAGGGGAUUUCGGAUGGAAUGUACCACAUUAUCAAGGAGUUAAAAGAUGUGGUGACAAUGAAAGCCGAUAUACUGCAGAUGGAGGAAGUGCAAGAUUGAAUGAUAUUGGAUCAGCAAAUAAUGAUACAUCAAGAGGCAAUAUGUAUUCAUUGGAUCGUAAUUCAAUUAGAUCAAGUCAUAGACGAUCUUUUAGAGAAAGUCUAGGAUUAUCAGAAAGAUGCAAAUGUUACUGGGAUCAUACGCCAUAUUUACCAGAAGGACACUCUAUAAUAAACGAAGAUGAACGUUCUAGAACUGGCUCAAUACGUAGUGGAGACUUUCAACGUUCCAGACCUACUUCGUUUUCAAAUAAUGAUGAUAUACAUUUUAAAUCUGUAUAUACAAGAAGUUCUGAAGAUUUACGACCUAAAACUAUUAAUGUCACUACUACUAGUUUACCGAAUACAGAUGAUACACACAAUUCAUUAUGUAGUCCAACAGUUAUCAAUUUAAACUUUAUGAAUUCAGAUGAACGUCCAACAAUAGUUACGAAUACGAAACCAUCAGAUGACUUUUCGGGUUCCAAUCGUAUGUCUAUCAGAACAUCAGUAAGACGACCAACAAGAAGUUCAACACCAGUGUGUAAUGGACACUCAUUCGAAAGAGAGAGCAGUAUUUCUUCAGGUGGAAGAGCAAACUAUCUAAAAGAUGAACAACAGGGAAGAGCUAAUUAUAUAAACGGAAGAUCUAGUUAUAUGAUAAAUGAUGACAGUAACAGUACAUUAAGAGGCUCAAGUGUUUCGGGCAAAGGGAUUCAAUAUUGUUCAUACUGUAAACAACGAGGACAUAAUAUUGUUAUUGAAAGAGAUUAUAGAAGGUAA